AUGGGGAUUGAACUGCUUUGCCUGUUCUUUCUAUUUCUAAGAAGCAAUGAUCGCGUGCAAGGUGGCUGUGCCUUGGGAGGUGCAGAAACCUGUGAAGACUGCUUACUCAUUGGACCUCAGUGUGCCUGGUGUUCUCAGGAGAAUUUUACCCAUCUAUCUGGAGUUGGUGAAAGGUGUGAUACCCCAGCAAAUCUUUUAGCUAAAGGAUGUCAAUUAACCUUCAUCGAAAAUCCUGUCUCCCAAAUAGAAAUACUUAAAAAUAAGCCUCUCAGUGUAGGCAGACAGAAAAAUAGUUCUGACAUUGUUCAGAUUGCACCUCAAAGCUUGAUUGUUAAAUUGAGACCAGGUGCAGAGCAGACCCUGCAAGUGCACGUCCGCCAGACCGAGGACUACCCGGUGGACUUGUAUUACCUCAUGGACCUCUCCGCCUCCAUGGACGACGACCUCAACACAAUAAAAGAGCUGGGCUCCCUGCUUUCCAGGGAGAUGUCUAAAUUAACUAGCAACUUUAGACUGGGCUUUGGCUCUUUUGUGGAAAAACCUGUUUCCCCUUUUAUGAAAACAACACCAGCAGAGAUCGCCAACCCUUGCAGUAGUAUUCUGUACUCCUGCCUACCAACAUUUGGAUUCAAGCACAUUUUGCCAUUGACAAAUGAUGCCGAAAGAUUCAAUGAAAUUGUGAAGAAUCAGAAAAUUUCUGCCAAUAUUGACACACCUGAAGGUGGAUUUGAUGCAAUUAUGCAAGCUGCUGUGUGUAAGGAAAAAAUUGGCUGGCGGAACGAUUCCCUGCACCUCCUGGUCUUUGUGAGUGAUGCUGAUUCUCAUUUUGGAAUGGACAGCAAACUGGCAGGCAUCGUCAUUCCUAAUGAUGGGCUUUGUCACUUGGACAGCAAGAAUGAGUACUCCAUGUCAACUGUCUUGGAAUAUCCUACGAUUGGACAACUUAUUGAUAAACUGGUACAAAACAACGUGUUAUUAAUCUUUGCUGUAACCCAGGAACAAGUUCAUUUAUAUGAG